GAAUCUCUCAUAACCAUUGUCAAAAAUAAAAGGAAUCAUCUUGCUCACGAUGACCACCCGCCCAUCACAAACAAGAACCUUGCUGAGGAAGCAAAAGAGAUUCAAGACAUCCUGACCAGGAUUCUAAAAUUUAGUGGGCAGAUUUACGGUCUUGAACCAGGCACAGUAGAACGUGAGAUUGACGAAGUGGAAUCUGCAAUUAGGUCGUGCCUUCAUGGCGAGUUUGAAGCAAGUACAUUUGAAGACUACAAGAAGGAGAUGCUCUUUGAAGCCCUGUCAGACCUAGUUAAUGAAGAAGGUGUGAAGGAAGUGCUUCAGCAAUAUGACACGGCUUACGAAAGCGAAGUGAGCACUGUGAACCAUUUAGCUGAGGUCAAACUCCCUUUAAAGGAAGUUUAUACAGAGAUGAAACUUAGAGGAGAGUUGCCAUCUGGAGAAGAGGUCAGUGCUUUAUAUGAGGAUGUUUUGUGACACCAGAGUUCUGAAAAAACAAAUGAUAUUGUCGUAAUAGAUGGCGUAGCUGGGGUUGGGAAAACAACACUGACAAAAAAGAUUGUGACUGACUGGAAGUUAAAGGAAGGGAACAUGAAAUACCUCGACACUUAUGACCUCUUGCUGAAAGCUGAGUGCAGAAACUCAGCCAUAAAGUCGUUCGACGAUUUACUAUAUCACCUUAUGCCGGGGGUUUCCAAAAUAUUCAAACCUGGUGAUCUAAAGAAGGUGGUACUUGCUCAGAAGGUGCUCAUCGUACUGGAUAGUCUGGAUGAACUGAAUAAGUCAUCAGCUAAUUUGCUUGGGGAAAUUCUUGACCUUAAGGCACAUUUUGGAAUAAUAUUGCUGAUUACAACCAGACCUGAGAAGCUAACCUAUUUGCACCAAAGAGUGAAUUUCCACAACGUGAAGCACAUCCAGCUUUUGGGAAUUCCUCUGGAAAGAAGGGAUGAUUUUGUUAUCAAAUACCACAGUGAGAUUGCUAAGAUAUAUCCACAAGCACAAGAUGUAAAAGGCCUACUCAGCUACCUGAAGGGAACCGAACAUCGUUUAGCUGACUUAUGGAGGCUGCCAUAUAACAUUUCUUUACUGAGUAUAUUAUGGGCUUAUGACCACAUGAAUGUCAUCAAAAUUAACACUGCUCCCGAACUAUAUGGAGAGAUAUUCAGGCUGUACAGAAACAAACUGAAAGAAAGACUGCAAAUCAGUAUACCAACAGAUGAAUCUGUGUUGCGCAGGAAGAUUGAUUACUUCUUACAUGCUCUAAGCAAAGAAUCCUUAAUGGGACUCACGAAUGAUCAAAUUAACAUACCACAACCAGCCUAUAAAAGAAUGGAGGAAGUUUGCAGAAAUAUACAAGUUCCCAUUGAAGAGAUGAUCAGUGCGUUCCUUAAGCGCGUUCCUAGCAAAGAAGUGAUAUACUCAUUCCCACACAAAGGUCUCCAAGAUUUUCUCGCAGCUUGGUACAUUUUUCUGGAAAUCUCUGGGGAAGAUCAUGGACAUGACAUAGAAGAGAUAAUGAAAGCGGUAACUUCAUGUCUUAUUCAAAACAGGGUUUCACCUAAGGUGAGUAACACCAUUGUGGAGACGGUAAAGAAGGAACUAACAAAUAAGCACAAGACCACAAGACUUGGUUUUAGGACAGCUGUUAAUUCAAUGCUACAGUCAUUUUUAAGCCCCAAAACGAGUGUCAUUCGGAAUUUGCUAGAGGACAUUUGUGGCUCUCCUCAGUUAGAAUUAGCAAAGUUUGAAAACACAUUAUUUUGUUUGAUUGGCCUGUUUUAUUCGGAAGAGGUCGAAAUUGCCGAAGAUGUCAAACUAGAGGCGUUGGAGCUCCUCCAGGCGACUGGAAUGAGAGACAGAGAUUCAUGGAUCAGAAUACUCAACUCUGUCAAGUGUGAUGAGUUCAUUGCUGCCUUCAUCAGUAAGCAGCAAAAGGUUUUCAGUGGGAACAUUCAGAUGACAGAUUCAUCAUUGUCUGCCUACUUUGCUCUCUUGAAAUCUCUGAAGCGCCCUUUCAAGGAGGCCAGGACAGUGAGGAUUGACAUUGCCAUUGAGGGAGAGCUAAUGGGAGCUCAUGAAUUGCUCCACUUGAUCAGUUCAUUCCAAAUGACAAUUAAGAAACUACUUAUAACUCGGAGAAAUUACAAAGAGUACACUGACAUGAUAAGAAAGCUCUCAUCACCCCUGAAAGAUGAAGGUGAUAUUGAAGUUGACAUUGCUCUCGACAAAGACUUGCGCAACAUCGGGGAACUACUAACUGUGGUAAAACAACACAACUUCAAGGUUAGAAAGCUCAAAGUGCACGAUCUUGAAGUUCGUGAUUCCAAUGUUGUGGAGUAUGUCAAAAUGCUGAAGUCUCUUCCACAAUUGUCUCCAAGCACUAAUCAUAACAUUGUCAAAAUUAAUGUCGUUGGUGAUCUGAUCGGAGCUGAUGAACUCCUGGAACUCCUCGUGCAUCAACAUUUCACAGUGAGGAAACUGCUGAUUAAUGACAAUAAUUUUACAAGAUAUACUGACCUGCUGGGUAAGAUAAGCAUGCCUUUUAGGGAUAAAGGAAAGCUAGAAAUAACUUUAAAUGUAGAUGAAGAUUUAUGGAAGCUCACCGCCCUAUUGAACCUCAUCAAUAUAAACCAGUUUCAAGUCGUACUAUUUAAAGUCAAGAAUUUUAUUAUAGAUGACACAAACUUCCCUGAAUGCAUUUCAGCCCUCAAGGAGAUGCCAGCGCCAUCAAACCAGGCAAAUGAAACAUGCAUUGAUCUUGAAAUUACUGGAAACUUAAUAGGAGCCAGUGAUUUACUCACCUUGAUAAAUCUCAGCGGAUUCACAGUCAGGCGAUUUCUGGUAACUGAAAAUAAUUUCACAGACUACACAGCAAUGCUAGAAGGAUUGGCUACGACUUUCAAGGAAGCAAGUAAAGUUGAAAUGCACUUACUUAUUGAUGAAGAUAUUUCCACCAUCAGCAGACUGAUAACAGAAAUAAAGAAGAAACGUCUUCAUAUUUACACUUUCCAAGUGAGAGAUUUUGAAAUAAACGAUUCUAACAUCACUCUCUGCCUCCUGAUCCUGAGGUCUUUGUCUCCACAAUGCCGAAAGAACAAAAAGCCCAGUGCUAAAAUUGCCAUCAAGGAAGGUGUAAGAAUCAGUCAUGACUUUCUUCAACUUAUCAGGAUCUAUGAAAUUAAUGUGGAGAGCAUCUUAAUAACAGACUCAAACAUUGAGAGAUAUGUUAAUGUACUGUCACAUCUUUUGGAACCCUUGAAAGAUGCCAGCAAUGUGAACAUAGAUAUAGAGGUGACAACCAGUCUGCCUGAUAUACAAGAGAUUCUGAUAUUGACCAGACUUUAUGGUUUUUGCUUGAGAAAAAUGCAUAUGAAGGGGAGGUUUAUGUGUACAUAG